CAGGGUUCCAUGAAGCAAUCGAAGGAGAAAUAUUUCUUUCCCUUGGAAGGAACCUCACACCCUCAGGACAAGUGUUGAAGGAUGACAAAAGAAAGGGGAAACCACAGACCUCAGAAAACUGUUGGUGCCCAAUGACUUUAGGUGCUCAUUGCCCAUGUAAGGCCAAGAAGGAGUCAAUGAAUAAAGGAUGGCUCCUUCCGGAUCAUAGCAUUGAGAGCCAAGACAAUAAGGAUGGAGAGGGGCCAGAUCAUGUGGCUAUUACUGCUACUAAUGCUGGUGACUCCAUUGGCCUCCACCCAGACUCUGACCUACCAGGAUUUGGUGAACCGAUUCAUCAUCAACUAUAACAAGAAGUCAAACUCAAGAAACCUCUUCCGACUCUUGGCUCUAAAUCUGCAGCCUGGGGCAAACAAUGAUCCUGCCAUCCCCCGUCCUCUGAAUUUCACCAUAAUGGAGACUGUGUGCCCUAAUACCAAACAACGGCAGCUGGUUGAAUGUGACUUUAAGAAACAUGGGCUGGUGAAAGUAUGCUUUGGAAUCAUCUCCUUGGAUGCUACUCAGCCUUCUAUCGAUAUUUCUUGUGAGGAGCCUGGCCAGAUAAUGAAUGAUGGUUUUUGGUAUCAACUUAUUCGAACUUUUGGAAAUCUCAUUCAUCAAAAAUAUAGAAAAUUGCUAGAGGCAUAUAGGAAAUUGCGGGACAUUUUUUCUGGAUGAGGUGACAAUAAUGAAUAGAAUCCUAGGGUGAAUCUGCACCUUCACUUCUGCUGAUGGCACCAAAUUCUGCCCUAUUCCUCUCAGUUGAAUAAACUGUGUGAAAUGGUCUGUUUUUGUUUAUCUAUCA